GCGGGGGGCGGGGGCAGCGGCGGAGACACUAUUGUUGAUGAGGAGAAGCGGCGGCGGCGGCUGCACCACCUCCUCGCUGCCGGCCGCGGCCCGGGCGCCCCCCGCACCCCGGAUUCCGGCUUCGUCACCCCGUCGCGGGGGCCUUCUCUUCGGCCUCGAGAACCUUUUCCUCUUCAACCCAGCAACGGCCCCCGCCCCCGUCUCGCCCAGUCACCGGGGAGGGUGGACCAUGUCCCAGCGGAUGAGGCGCAAUGGGUCCCCCACGCCGGCCGGCGCCCUCGGGAGCGGUGCGGUCGCCACGACCGGGGGAGCCGGGAGCCGUCUGCAGCCCAUGAGGGCGACGGUUCCGUUCCAGCUGAAGCAGCAGCAGCAGCAACAUGGCAGCCCCACGCGGAGCAGCGGCGGCGGCGGCGGCAACAACAACGGCGGCGGCUGUGGCGGCGCCUCAGGCCCCUCGGGCGGCGGGGGCCUGCGCACGGCCUCGCGCAGCACCAGCCCCACGCGCGGCGGCGGGAGUGCGGCCGCGCGCACCAGCCCCACCGUGGCCACGCAGACGGGCGCGUCGGCCACCUCCACGCGAGGCACCAGCCCCACGCGCGGCGCCGCGCCCGGAGCCCGCGGGAGCCCCCCGCGGCCGCCGCCCCCGCCGCCGCUGCUGGGCACCGUCUCGUCGCCGUGCUCGUCGCCCACCCACCUGUGGACGGGCGAGGUGAGCGCGGCCCCACCCCCGGCCCGCGUCCGCCACCGGAGGCGGUCCCCGGAGCAGAGCCGCUGCUCCCCGGAGAGGCGGAGCCCCAGCGCCCCGGUCUGCAAAGCAGGUGACAAAACACGACCUCCUUCCUCAAGCCCCUCUACUAUUAUUCGCCGCACUUCCUCUCUGGAUACACUUGCUGCUCCAUACCUUGCAGGGCACUGGCCUCGUGAUAAUCAUGGUCAAACUGCUCCUUGCAUGAAGGACAAAGCUACACAGACAGAGAGUGCAUGGGCCGAAGAAUAUUUUGAAAAGAAGAAAGGGUCUCACAAGCGUUCAGCAUCCUGGGGCAGUACAGAUCAACUUAAGGAGAUUGCAAAAUUACGCCAGCAAUUGCAGAGAAGUAAGCAUAGCAGUCGACAUCAUCGAGAUAAAGAAAGGCAAUCACCAUUCCAUGGCAACCAUUCAGCCAUUAACCAGUGUCAGGCUCCUGUUCCAAAGAGUACUCUUAUUCCAGCAGUUCCCAUCACCAAAUCAACAGGCUCGCGGUUCCGGAACAGUGUGGAAGGAUUGAAUCAGGAGAUUGAAAUAAUAAUUAAAGAGACAGGGGAAAAGGAAGAACAACUUAUACCACAAGAUAUUCCAGAUGGCCAUCGUGCACCUCCUCCCCUUGUACAGAGAAGUAGCAGCACACGCAGCAUCGACACGCAGACUCCUGGUGGGGCAGACAGGGGGAGCAACAACAGCAGCCGCUCCCAGUCUGUGUCCCCCGCGUCAUUCCUCACCAUCUCCAAUGAAGGCAGCGAAGAGAGCCCUUGUUCAGCUGAUGACCUGCUCGUUGAUCCCAGAGAUAAAGAGAAUGGGAACAACUCUCCUUUGCCCAAAUAUGCAACUUCACCAAAACCCAACAACAGUUAUAUGUUCAAAAGGGAACCUCCAGAGGGCUGUGAAAGGGUCAAAGUCUUUGAGGAAUGCUCGCCAAAACAACUUCAUGAAAUCCCAGCCUUUUACUGUCCUGACAAAAACAAGGUGAAUUUCAUUCCUAAAAGCGGCUCUGCUUUCUGCCUCGUCAGCAUCCUCAAGCCACUCCUUCCCACGCCAGAUCUGACCCUCAAGGGCUCUGGCCACAGCCUGACAGUCACCACUGGCAUGACGACCACUCUGCUGCAGCCCAUCGCCAUGGCCUCCCUGUCUGCAGAGCAAGACCGAGUCUCCCGAGGAACAAGUACAAUCCUGCCCUCGGCCUCGCUACUCACACCACCCGAACCGAUUGAGGAGGCUGAAGGGUAGGUCCCAGUGCUGGUAGCCACUGCUCCCUCAGAUCUCCUGACUGUGAUGGCACCUUGCGCUCAGUUGGCUGUGCCGUGCUCAGGCUUCCAGGGUGACUCCCAGCACAGCUUCUGGAAGAACACCCUCUGGUGGCCGGCUCGCUGGAAGGCCAGCCCUCAGUGCUUAGCCUGCUUUCUCCUAAAGCGCCAGUUGAAACAGAAAGGUCUCAUUCUUUGCUUUUGGUGGGCUGAUACCACUUUUUUGUUGUUGUUGUUUUGUUUUCAAAUUAAACUUCGUUAGAAACACAAACACAACAAAACACUGACCCCUGCAAAUGAUUCCUGGAGACGUGAAUGAUGCUGCAAGAACCAUCUUUUAUAUGAUAAUGACUAUUUUAUAAAACCAAUGUGACAUUUUCUGAAACAUAGCAAACGGAUGUUCAAAAGAGUCUUUGGUGGCCUCUGUUUCUUGUUUCCCUUUCUCAGUGUGUGCUUUUCUCAGCUGUUUUCAGCUUUGGGACCAAAGGGAUUGUUGACAUUUUCCCAGCAAUCUUAUUCUCAUGACUGUGUUCUCCUCCCAAACAAGAAUUGAUAAGUAAAUGCGUUGAACAAGUAUAUAAAAAAAGAAAUAAAAAGCAAUAUUAGUACAUGAUGUGAUUUAUGUUUUUUGAUGUCAGAAGUUUGUGCUUUGGGUGAAAUAUUUGUAAAACUGCUGUUCUCUUCACUACUCCUGUGUACAUUCCACCAUGUGCUCAGAAAAAUUGUAGUCUGGAGAUGAGUGCUUAACAAGUUCUCACCCAUCAUUGGAAGUUGGUUUGAAAGUCAGUGAGCCAAUAGGAAGCUGCCCAGUGUUGGUUGCUAGCUAGGAGUAAUAAGCCCCUUUGGUUUUCUGCACAGUAUUUGUCACAUGAUCUCCUUUUACCACAGGUAUCAUCCUACCUUUCAUCAUCACUGUAUCAUAGUCCCAGAGAUCCCCAAAUGAUGGUGCAUGGAUUUCCUUCUUUGCUUUUGUGAUGUUGUUGUCUUGUGGACUUGGUCCGGGUUGGUAGUUUGCCAGGAGCCUAAUCCAUUGAAUAGCAAUCCGUAGUCACAGAAUCUUGCGACUGACAGUUUCUUUAUGUAGUUGGCACUGAGAUGGUACCUACAGGUUUUGCUAGUUGUCCGUCCAACCUUCCAUACAGUGAGGAGUACAGGCAAAGGAGAGCUUUGGGGCAUAAGCAACAGGAACCUUUGAAAAAUCCAUCCUUUUUGGAUUUAGGCUCAUCCUAGUACAGUUACUGCCAGUGUCACGUGUCAGCAGUAUUCCAUGUCUGGAAUGUGGUAGUAAAAUUAAGGAGCAGCUCUUUUAAAAAGUGAGUUCCAGCAAACUCUGUUGGUAACAAGCAUCCUUCUGAGGUCUUCAUAUACUACCUUAUGAUGCAAUGAUGUAAUGUUCUUAUACAUAUUAAAGGGAGAAAAAUUUAAAUACUUGUAAAAGGAGACAGUUUAGAGGGUUAGCUAUGUCAGUUUAUCCAGACAUAUCCCAUCAAGGAAAACCUAGUGGUAGCAAUACAUCUUCUGAAAGGACUUCUUAUACUCAUGCAACUUUAAAAUAUCUAAGUAAUGAAAAGCAUACCCUGUUAAAGUUAAAAUGGAGAUGUAUUUAGGGAAGUUAGAUAAAUUCAAACAUAAGUCUGUCAGGUUAGUUGGUGAGACUGAUGAAUUUUGGUACCUUUUUUGUUCAAAAUUAAUUUACUUGGAAUUUGUACAUGUGGCUUCUAAGUCAGUUAUAUAGGAUCUAAAUGUUCUGGUUGGUUUAAUGAGAACUUUGAUUCUUUGCCUUUGACUUGACCAUUUCCCCACAGAGAACUGCUCUGUCAGCAGUACAGGAGAGGUAAAACUGAGGUCAGGUGAGUUAGUGUAAAAGGCAGGAAUAGGAAGUUAAAGACAAGGUUAAAAAUCACGCACACAGCUAUUUUUGGAUGACUUGAGUUCUGUUAAAUCCGUGUUCUUUUCUUUGCCUCACACUUAACUUUCUUGUGUCUCCGUCCCUACAAGUUACAAGGGUAUUUUGAAUGCCACUUUGUAAAGUUUUUCCUUUUACUCUGUUGUGCAUGUUGGUCUAAUUCACAUUUUUCUGUAGAGUUUCAUAUAUCCUUAACCUAAAGUAAUUUAAAUAGGAAUGGGAUAACUUUAUUAUUUACAUAGUCUUGUAAAUGGAACUUGUAAUGUCUGGUUGUAAGGAGAAUGUGAAUUUGUAGGUAAAUGAAUUGUAUGGCAACCAAGCAUAUCCCGUGGAUUUGGGAGAGAUAGAGCCUGAGAUUUGAAGA